CAUCUCUAGUCCGACUGCACUCGAACGUUCAGAUCUAAAUUUAAAGCGUAGUUUGUCGUACACAAAACGAUGCGCGGAUGCCAUCGACUGCAGUAAUUAAACAAUUCGCCCGCGUGCCACAACUAGUGAAAUUGCAAUAGCCCGAGGGGGAGGAAAAACAAAAAAAACCAAAGCUGCAGUUCAAUUAGCAAGCGAGCAAACAUUUUCACGAACCACGUAACGUAACACAUGUGCGUGCGUGUAUGCGUGGGUGCGAGCGAGAGGGAGCGUGUGUCAAAAUGACAGCAGUGGCAACGACAACAAAGACAACAACAAAAGCAGCAGAGAGCAAAUCAACAACAACAAAAACAACAGUAUAGUCAGCCAGCUGUGCGAGGAUCGAGCGAAACCAAAAUCAAAAUUGUUUGUUACGUUAUCGUCACCCAAAGCAAAGCAAGCGUGUUAUGAACAUACUAAAACCAGCCAAACUCAAGUGCAUCGUAUUUAACCAACUGCGUCACACUUGGACGUUUCUUCUGUUUCUCUGCGAUUUUCUGGCCCAGUUCUACGCCACGGACCACCAGGAGCAGCUGGCCAAUCAGCAUAACAAUAACAACAGCAACAAUAACAACAACAACGAUCUGAUCAUGGAGCAGGAAAUGCCGGAGGAGGAGCUGCCCCAGGCGGCGGCGGAAGAGGAGGAGGCGGAGGAGGAGGUGGGAAUGCUGGAGCAGCUGGAUCAAGUGGACAUAGUUGCCCCUUGGGCCGGCGAGCCCAUGGACGCAGCCAGCGAUCUGGACGAGGAGGAGGAGGAGGAUGACGACGACGUGGAUGUGGACUAUGGCGAUACCGAUUCGGAAUCGGAGUUCGAGGAAAUGUUCUCCGACGAGUCGACCAGUUCCAGCGACGAACUGGACGAGGGCAAGGAGCUGUCGAAGAGCGUGCUCAAUGUCUUCCUCUCGCCGGAGCAGCAGUUGGCCAGCCAACCACGUCCCUCGUACGCCUUCCAGCCGCUGCGCCUGGUCAAGUGCCAGUACAGGGACAAGCACAUGCCCGGCGGAUUCCCCCUGGCGCGCAGUGGCCACCGCAUCAUCGCCUCCAACUCGCAUCUGUACUCCCUGGGCGGCUACAAUCCGCGCAGCGCCAUGUCCGCCUCGCGCCACGGACGCUGCCUGCUCUUCCAGGAGCUCUGGAGCUACAACUUCGCCACGAGGACCUGGCGGCUGGAGCUGAAUGCGGACAAUGCCAGCAAUAUGCCCGUGGAGCUGGCCUCCAAUGCGUUGACCAUUCACAAUAACGUGUUGAUUUCUCAUGGUGGCACUGGGUAUCCCUUUGGAGAAUCCUGCUCCAACGACUGCUAUGUUUACUGCACAGCCAGCGCUGGCGCGACACCGGGCGUGAAGCGCCUGAAGGUUAGGGGCGAUUUGCCCACUGCUCAGUACGGACCGGGCAUCGUGAUCCACAAGAACUUCCUCUAUACAAUUGGCGGAACGACGGGCUUCGAUUACACCUGUGAUGUGUAUCGCUUGGACUUGCAAACCGGCACCUGGGAGAAUGUGUACAUAAGUCGUCCGGAGAUGCGCGACGAUCCGGAGGGUCGCUAUCGUCACGAGGUCGUCUACGAUGGCAAGCACAUCUUUGUGCUGGGCGGUGGGACAUCGCACUCCGUUUACGAUUUGCAGCGCAUUCCAGCCUACAACCUGGAGGCGAACUGCUGGGAUUACUUCGACACGUAUCCCGAUCGUCGUGCCGCUGAUAUAUUGGAUGGCAACAGAGGCUAUCCAAAGCCACGCAAGUGCUUCUCCUGUGUGCAGCACCAGUCCUCCAACGGGGAGAUCGAGGCCUUUAUCACGGGCGGUCUGCAGGGCGAUUUCUCCACAUACUUUUCGGACAUUUGGAAGCUUAAUUUGCGCACCAAGCACUGGUUCCGCAUUGAGACCGCCACCCUGCCCCGCCCCCUGUACUUCCAUUCGGCGGCCCACUCGGAUAAUGGAUGCAUGUACGUGUUCGGAGGCAUCGAGUACAAUGACAAGGAGAUGCGCCGUCGCAACGACCUGUACAAGAUGUGGAUGACGGUGCCCAAGCUGAGCGAGAUGUGCUGGGACGCGAUCACCUACUACAAUGACAAUCUGGACUUGUACGACCGAAAGACGCUACUGGGGGCCGGGAUACCCAAACGUUUCGCGGAGCGGCUGCCGCCGCAGCGUAGGAGGCGCUUGGACAUGAGCCAGCCAGACCCGUCCAUGAUUAUUUCGCUGUACUCGAACCCAAAACGUGCCCGCUCCACAACGCAAUAGGCCUGCCCCCCCGUUUCGUUACCACGAAAAUAAAUCGAAUCCGAGGAGGGGAGCGGUGCCUCCUCGCCACGGAAACUGUUUCAGUUGCAGAACUUUACGUUACUAUUGUUUAAAAGUUUUGUUUUACAUUGAGCGCGCGCUGUGAUCGAAUACGAAGGACAUUUAUAGUUGUACACAUCACAUAUGUAUGUAUUUUGAUACUCGAAAGGAGAGGCGGACAUGUUUAGCAUGUAAAUAAGAUUGUAGUUAAGUUUAGCUAGCGGAACAACAGCCAGAGACAGGCCAUGCGUAUGUAUUCUAAACUUCAGCUUACAGAUCAGCCAGCGCACCCCACACACAGUAUCUCACCAAGUCCCCCCAGAACUUACUCAAAAAAAAUAUCUAAACAUCACCCUUCUUUAAAUGCAUCACACCCCCAAACCCACUUUGUCCACAAAACGAACCAAUAUUGAAGGCUACACCAAACAAUGUCAUAUAGAGGGGGCAGCCCCGAUGUAUUUUUGUCAAAGUGUACAUAAUACUAGGCGGUAGUAAUAUUUAAUUAACAUAAGACUCCAUCAUUAUUGCGAUAUCAUGUACCAAUGCAGUGCGUAAGGUACUGCUCGCCCCCGCGGCGAACGUCGGUUUGCUCGGUUUAUAUAUUAUACCCAAGACUAAAUUUGGUUGAAUCUAAGUUAAUAAAUAAAUUUUUAAUGCAA